CUCUAUAUGCACCCAUCACCUCCAUUUCCGUAUAUCUCCGACUCUUUCGAUUACCAAAACAAACAAUGCUCCUCAGGUCUCCUUCCCCUUCCUUCUCUCCCUUAAACCUAGAGAGAGAAAACCACCACAGGCGGCUUCUAUCUUCCUAUGCUUCGGCAUUCAAUGGUUCGCAGAACUCGUAUGGUUCGUUGGCUGUGCGAUCGUCGACGACACAGAGGAAUGUAGGUCACAGACUCGUGAUUCACGCAAAGAAGGAAGUGAAUAGUCGGCCAUUUCUGGACAUCGUGUUCGAGCCUUUCGAAGAAGUGAAGAAGGAGCUCCUCCUCGUUCCGACUGUUCCUCAAGCGUCGCUUGCUCGCCAAAAGUACUCCGAUGAGGUCGAGGCGGCCAUCAACGAACAGAUCAAUGUGGAAUACAAUGUCUCCUAUGUGUAUCACGCCAUGUAUGCCUACUUUGACAGGGACAAUGUUGCUCUCAAAGGCCUUGCUAAGUUUUUCAAGGAGUCUAGUCAGGAAGAAAGGCAGCAUGCUGAGAAAUUUAUGGAAUAUCAGAAUAAAAGAGGAGGAAAAGUGAAGCUACAGUCUAUGCUCAUGCCCGUGUCUGACUUUGAUCACAUUGAGAAGGGAGAUGCAUUGUAUGCAAUGGAACUUGUGUUGUCCCUGGAAAAGUUAACAAAUGAGAAACUUCUGAAUUUACAUAAGAUAGCUGAUCAGAACAACGAUGUGCAGCUAGUUGAUUUUAUUGAGAGCGAGUUCUUGGUAGAGCAGGUUGAAGCCAUCAAGAAGAUAUCAGAAUAUGUUGCUCAGCUGCGAAGGGUUGGCAAAGGCCAUGGUGCCUGGCACUUCGACCAGAUGCUCCUUAAUGAUGUGGUUGCUGCAUGAUUUAGAAAUCCAGGCAUUGUUCGUUCGAUAUGUUUUCAAAAAUGAGUUUCAUGGAUUAGUUAGUUGGCAAAACUUUGCUCCAUCCUUGCAAUCAUUUUUAAGGUUGGAGCAUUAUAGUUCUUUGUUUGAGUGAAGUAUUUUGAUGUUAGACGGUUAUUGGCUGGCUUGUUUUUCGCCAAGAAGCUGAGCAAAAUUCAUGAGACUGUUUUAGCAAA